AUGGCUGCAAUGCUUUUGUUACUUCUUCUAAUUACUGAAAUCUCCAUCUCAACCGCUCAACAAAGUAAUACCAAAAUCAGUCUAGGCUCUUCCAUCUCUCCUUCUACCAAUAAAUCGUAUUGGCUAUCAAAUUCUGGGCAGUUUGCAUUUGGAUUCUACAAAUAUGGCAAUGGCUUUGCUAUUGGAAUCUGGUUUGACAAGAUAAAGGAGAAGACAGUCGUAUGGACAGCAGACCGGGACCAACAGCCACUCCCACAGGACGUAGCACUGCUAUUUAAUGGUGAUGGUAGGCUUGUUUUGGAAGAUAAACAAGGUCAACCAAUUGCCAUGGUGUUUUCCCCUCUGGCUGCUGCCUCAGCUUCCAUGCUCGACUCAGGUAACUUUGUACUCUACAACUCAGAUUCUAACAUCAUAUGGCAGAGUUUUGAGAAUCCAACAGAUACCCUUUUGCCGGGACAGAGUUUAGAGACUGGAAGAGAGCUCAUCUCAGCCGUCUCCGAGUCAAAUCACUCGUCUGGAAGAUAUAAACUUAGCAUGCAGACUGAUGGUAAUCUGGUUCUAUACCCGAUAAUCAGUGGUCUCUUACCAUAUCAUGCUUACUGGUCCACAGCAACUUCUAUAAAAGGAGAACCAAAAAUAAGUCUGAAACUUGAUCCUAAUGGUCAACUAGAUCUGCUCAAUUCUACAAGCGGGAGUAUUGUAAAGACAAUUCAUGCUGCAGAUUGGAGUCACCUCGGGGAGAAUGUUACCUAUCGUCUAACAAUUGAUGAAGAUGGAAUACUAAGACUGUAUUCUCACAGUUUGCCACAGGUCAAUAGCAGCUGGAAUAUCCAAUGGAGUCCGACUAGCAAUUGUGCUCCUACUGGAAUGUGUGGCACAAAUGCAUAUUGUGUUCUUCAAAAUGAAGAAUCCAAAUGUACAUGUCUUCCUGGUUUUGAUUUCAUUGACCAACGCCAGAAAAGUUUAGGCUGUCAAAGGAAUACUAGCAUAGAUUAUUGCAAAAUUGAUAAUCAAGAUAAAGUUUCUCUUGUGGAAGUCGCUGGAAUUAUGUGGGAAAACAAUUCGUACUCUUCUGUUCCAAUGAGCAAGACUGCUUGUGAACAGGACUGCAUGAAAGAUUGUCACUGCGAAAUUGUUUUAUAUACAGCCGCCUCAUGCAACAAACUAAUGUUUCCACUGAAAUAUGCCAAAGCUGAUACAAAUAGCUACGCACUGAUCAAGGUCAAAAUGCUCAAUCAAAGCUCCGAGACAAGCACAACAGGGGUGAGGAUAGUUAGAAGUGAACAAGUUCGAAAGGGAUUUGUUAUCAGCAGCAUUGUGCUUUCAUUAUUUGGGCUUAUGGCCUUAGCGACUUCAGUUGCGCUUAUAAUCAAAUUUCGAAUGUGGGAAUACAGAAGGAUUUCAGAUCAGUGGCACCACGAUUUUCUUGAAGAUGUUGCUAUUCGUCCAUAUACGUUAGGUGAGCUAGAAAAGGCAACAAAUGGUUUCAAUGAUCAAGUGGGACGAGGAGCUUACGGGACAGUUUUCAAAGGGGUCAUAACAAGAAACGGUUCCAGGAAAGUUGUGGCUAUCAAGAGACUAGAGAAAAUGGUUGGAGAUAACGAAAGAGAAUUCAGGAAUGAGGUGAAAGUAAUAGGAAAUACUCACCAUAAGAACCUGGUUAAGCUUCUUGGUUACUGUCAUGAAGGAGCUAACAGGCUUUUGGUUUAUGAGUACAUGGCAAACGGUUCUUUGGCGGAUUUCUUGUUUAAAUCUGAGACAAAGCCAACUUGGAAGAAAAGAGCUGAAAUAGCUUUCAAUAUAGCUCGGGGAAUAGUCUAUCUACAUGACGAGUGUGAAACACAGAUAAUCCACUGUGACAUCAAACCAGAGAACAUUCUUAUGGACAAACAAGCACGUGCGAAAAUCGCUGAUUUCGGUCUGGCAAAGCUACUGAGGCCUGACCAAACCAGAACAUACACUGGUUUGAGAGGAACAAGAGGGUAUGUGGCACCAGAGUGGCAUAGGAACGUGCCAAUAACAGUGAAAGCAGAUGCUUACAGCUAUGGCAUUAUGUUGUUGGAGAUUGUAUGCUGUAGAAGGAGUGUGGAUAUGGACGUUCCUGAGGAUGAAGCAGUUCUUGCUAACUGGGUUUAUGACUGUUUUGUGGCUGGUGAAAUGGAAAGGCUAGUUGAAGAAGAUGUAGAGAGUGAUGAGCUGAAGAAGAUGAUUAAGUUGGGACUUUGGUGUAUUCAGGAAGAACCAUCUUUGAGACCUUCUAUGAAGAAAGUUUGUCUGAUGUUGGAAGGGAUAAUAGAGAUCCCAACACCUCCAAUUCCUUCUUCAUCUGUUAGUGUAGUUCAUAUUUCUUAAGCAUUCGUUAGAUAAAUUGCAAUGGAUUGUAAUGUAUACCUUGUGGUAUCAAAUCUUGUAUAGAAACCAAAAUCUACUGACUUCUGAAGUGUUUGUAUGUACUAAGGAGUAUCAAUAUUCGUGCUCUUUUUCCCUGUUAUUAUCUUCAGUUUUAGCUAAGCUUUG